CAUGACUACUUGAAUCAAAUAGUCCAGAGGUUCAAUGGUGGAGUUCCAAANGUGUAUCCAGUGGAUUUGUUUGAACAUAUUUGGGUGGUUGAUAGGCUAGAACGCCUAGGAAUNUCUCGGUAUUUUCANCAAGAGAUCAAAGACUGUUUGAGCUAUGUUAAUAGAUAUUGGACCGAGAAAGGUAUUUGUUGGGCAAGAAAUUCAAAUGUUGAAGACAUUGAUGACACGGCAAUGGGUUUCAGAUUACUGAGAUUGCAUGGCCACCAAGUUUCAGCUGAGGUGUUCAAGCACUUUGAGAGGGAUGGUGAAUUUUUCUGUUUU